AUGUCUGACAACGUCGGUCUCUCAACGCCCCGUGGCAGCGGUACCUCGGGCUAUGUUCAGCGCAACCUUGCGCAUAUGCGCCCACGCGACUACGGCGCGCCCUACCCUCCCAAAGACGCCGACUCACUCCGCCAUAGGCAGCGACAACCCGACAAAGAGAUUUUGGAGCAUGAUCGCAAGCGCGAGGUCGAGGUUAAGGUCCUCGAUCUACGCGAUACCCUUGAAGACGAAGGCCUCGAUGACGACGAAGUUGAGAAGCGAUGCGAUGAGAUGCGCAAGAAGCUUCUGGCCGAACUCGAGAGACAAAAGAAUAGCCGUGGCGGCGGCGGCGGCGGUCCUGUACGGAAACACUUCAAGAGCCAUCAAGUGCACGAGAUGGCAGAUGCCAAGAUCAAAGAAAGCGAGAGAUUACGGAGCGCCUUGAGGAUAAGCAAGGAUUACGAGGAGGGAAGCCAUUGGAGGAGACAAGAGGAGAGACUCCGAGGCUCUCUGGAGAAGGAGACCAAGAGGGAUGACAUCGACUAA